AUGGAGGGGCCCAGAAGCAGGUCUGAGAGUGGGAUCUCACCUGAGAGGCGGACGUGUGCCCUCUUCCGCACAGGAGAUUUAUCAGAGGCCCUUGGGCCACCACCCCGUGCCCUAUGCCUGGGAAGUUACAUUCCCCCCACCCCCCAAGGGGUGUCCUCCAUCCACUGGCAGGAGGAGGGGACCAAGCUGCCACCUCAGAAGGAAGUGAUCACAUCAGAUGAGCUCACGGCCCAUCUUGGAGACUGCCUUCUGUCCAUCAAGCCCCAGGAGAAGUCAGAAGGACUUCAGCUUAAUUUUCAGCAGAAUGUGGACGAUGCAAUGACAGUGCUGCCUAAACUGGCCACAGGUCUGGAUGUCAAUGUGCUAUUCACAGGUGUCUCUGGUUUUGAGUAUACACCUGAGUGCAGUGUCUUUGACCCACUAGGCAUACCUCUGUACCAUGGCUGGCUUGUUGAUCCACAGAGUCCUGAGGCUGUGAGUGCAGUUGGGAAACUGAGUUACAACCAACUGGUAGAGAAGAUCAUCACCUGCAAGCACUCCAGUGACACCAACCUCGUGACAGAAGGCCUGACUGCAGAGCAGUUCCUGGAGACCACCGCCACACAGCUGACCUACCAUGGUCUGUGUGAGCUAACAACAGCUGCCAAGGAGGGCGAACUUAGCGUCUUUUUCCGGAACAACCACUUUAGCACUAUGACUAAGCACAAGGGUCACUUGUACCUACUGGUCACCGACCAGGGCUUUCUACAGGAGGAGCAAGUGGUGUGGGAGAGCCUGCACAACGUGGACGGAGACAGCUGUUUCUGUGACUCUGACUUUCACCUAAGUCAAUCCCUGGGCAAGGGACCUGGAGAAGGUGGGAGUGGCUCCCCAGAAAAGCAGCAGCAGGUGGACCAGGACUACCUGAUCGCCUUGUCCCUGCAGCAGCAGCAGCCGUCGCGAGGCACACUGGGUCUUAGCGACCUGGAGCUGGCCCAGCAACUAGACCAAGAGGCGUACCAACAGCACCAAGCAGCCCAGCCCGCGUCAGCACGGGCCCUGUCACCGCAGGGGAGAGGAGCCGCAUUUGGACGCCCAGCUGCCGAGCAUCGGCAAAGGCCGAAGCAAGAGUCCAACUGUGUCCUCCUGUAGCCCCGCUCAGUGCCGGGCUGCCUUGC